AUGCACCUGUGCAAGCACCUCAGCCUGCAGGUCCCACGGCAGGUCACGAGCCAGAAGUGUGGAUGCCGUCCAAGACACAGUACGGUAGCGCCGGAUCGCUCGCACCGCGAUUACGCGUUGUGGUCUCCGCAGAAAUCCCAAGGUGCUGAAAUGGUGACCUGCACGGUUAACGCAGCGUUAGUCGGAGGUGGACAGACGAUAUCAAACGAGUCGCUGAGCGCCGCUGGUAAAAAGCAGCCCGAGAUCAUGGAUUUUGAAGCUCCCUACAUAGAAAAUUAUACAGAAAUUGCCAAUAAUUGUAAAAGUUGCGUGAAAAUUGAUGAAUUGAAGGAAAGUUGGGCAACUUUCCUUCAAUUGAAUAAACAUGAACAACAAAGGUCGGUGGAACGAGUUUCUUGUAAAAGAAAAGAAGAUACCGAUGGAACUACGGAUUUUGGUGUUUCAAAUAUACCCAAUGGGGUGUGUUGUCCAGAGCUAAGAAGCAAAUCCACUAAAAUUAUAAAUAAAAGAUCACCAAACCCAGAUGACAGAAGUAUCAUUGAUGACAUUUGGCAAUAUCCGUUUCCUUUUGAAGAUGAAAAUGAAAAUGAAAAUGAAAAUGAAAAUGUGUUUACAAGACCAAAUUUGAUGGACCAAUGCGCAAAGCAACAAAGCUUGCUACCCGAUCCUGAAACCUUAUGUUGUGGCAAUGAUAUUUCAGGCUCCAACACGCAGAAGGGUGGGUCUGAAACAUUUCCAUGGUUUGCGUUUCUACGAACGACGAUGAAAACUGAUAUAAUCGACCAUGUGUUUACUUGUGGAGGUUCUUUAAUAAGUCGUCGAUAUGUGCUUACUGCUGCACAUUGCAUCUUCAGACAAGGACUUAAAUUAGAUCGAAUCGAUGUAGCACUUGGAGAAUUUAACAAGUAUUGUAAUUUGGAAAUGGAGUACAAUCCUGAUUGUACGGAUAGCUUCUUCACGUCUGCUGCUGAAGUAAAAGUUCACUCACUUUUCCACAACGAAAAUCUUCAACAUGACAUAGCACUCGUAAGACUUAAGGAUUAUGUAUCAACACGAUAUACACCUAUAUGCCUCCCAACUUUUAAUGUAGAGUAUAUGGACUUUCCGGAUCUAGAACUAGUAGUAGCAGGCUGGGACAUGGGUCACGACAGUAAUUUUAGACAGUAUACAGUCGUGAACUAUGUCCCUCGGCUGGAAUGCCGCAAAUUUUACCAGUCCCUUAAAGAAAGGCACCUAUGCGCAGCCGGACGUUAUGGCGAAGAUGCACAUGUAGGCGAUUCCGGAGGACCUCUUAUGAUGUUUUUCAAUGGAAAGUAUUAUCAGAUUGGAUUAGUUAGCGGGAAGAGUGCAAACUUUAGCGGAAAAUCAAUACCCUUACUAUAUACAAAUGUACACCUUUAUAUUUCAUGGAUUAGGGAAAACGUAACUUGA